AUGAAUCUCUUCAGACGUAACAACCAAGCAUCACUAGAAGAUGUUGUGAGAGCAAUUUUGCAUGAACUGUCUGGAAGUAGCCAAAACUUGGGAUAUCGUUCGAGGCGAAGACGAUUGUUAGUUGAUCAUGAACUUGUUGCUUCCUCAGAAACUGUUAGAUUGGCACUUUCCGUUCUGGAUGCUGAAGGUGUUACAAGAAGAGGUAGAAGGUGCCUCCGCCGAAGAGCAUAUGUUAAUAAAGGCCCAAAUUUUGCUAUUCAUAUGGAUGGUUGGGAUAAACUAAAACCAUUUGGUGUAUCAGUGCAUGGUGCAGUAGAUGGUUUCUCAAGACGUGUCCUGUGGCUAAAAGCAUGUGAUUCCAACAAAAAGCCACAGUAUGUUGCAAGGUUUUACAUGGACUACGUAAAGGAAAUAAAUGGUGUACCCAUGAUCGUUUAUGCAGACAGAGGGACUGAAAAUGCCAUUACACGCGAUUUACAGUUUGCUCUUCGAUGGAACCACCUUGAUCCAUUUCAAGGGCUAUCAAGCUUCAUCUAUGGAUCAUCUACCAGAAACACACGCAUUGAAAGAUUUUGGCGAAAUAUGCGCGAUAUGUGUGGUCAUUUUUGGAUCAACCAUUUCAAGGAUAUAGCGGACAUGGGUGUAUUAGAUACAUCUGACAAUGUUCACUUGGAAUGUGUACGUUACUGUUUCUUGUUGUUGAUCAAUCAUGAUUUGAAAAAAGUUAUACGUCAUUGGAAUGAACAUCGCAUUCGAUAUAAUCGAAAUUCAGAAUCUCCUUCCGGGAAACCAAAUGUCUUGUACUUUCAACCUGAAGUGUUCUUGGCCACUGAGAGCAAGCUGCCUUUGCCAACCCAAGUCGAUGGAUUGGAGCAAGAAUAUUGCAUAUACCCCCCUGCAAGAGGUGUGUCAAUGGAGUUUGACACUCUUGCAAGCUGUAUUAUUCGUGAACAGGGACUAGCAUACCCACCUUCCAACGUAGUUGAAGCAACAGAGUUGUUUUGUCAACUCAUUUUCCACAUUGACCACUUGAAUUAGAAGGGACAUAUGAGGCUAAUAACUGAGCAGUACUUGAGUUUUUGACAGUAUGAUCUUUACUGUAUUCAUGGUAAAACGCCUAAUAAAAUGUAUUGUGUGUUUCCCAUUACCCUAUACUUACAUGUACCCAAUUUGUGUUGCCCAACUAGAGAUUUUUUAAGCAAACUGAUUUUUGG